AUGUUGAUGUUCCAGGCGGCCUACGAAGUCAGCUCUCGCAAGAGCGGGAGGAACGACAUCAGGACAGACUUCCGAUGGCUCCGCCGGCGUUGCACAGGGUUCAGGCCCACUCAGUCUCAGGAGAGCCUCCAGUGGGGUCGCAAGUAUGGGCCAGGUCGCCUCAGGGAGUUGCAGACUGACAAGGAGGAUCUUCAAGCUCGUCUGGUGAGGGAGUGCUCACAGUUGGAGGCGCGAUUACAGGCCUUGGAAAAGCGACAGUUGGAAGAAAGGCACUCCUGGGUCGAGGAGCGCACACGGAUGGAGGAGCAGUGCCGUGAACAACUUGCGCAGCUGGAGACAUGUGAGGCCGAUUUUGAGACCUUGACGCGGGCGUCCUCGCUCACUGAGACGGCACUGAGCUCGAAGCUGGCGGAAACACAGAGCCUCACGAAGGUCGUCCACGAGCUGCAGCGCCAGGCGCGUGAGGCCAAGGAUGCCUUGGCAGCAGCUGUCAGCAGCAACGACCAUUUGAAGGAGCAGUUGCAUGAACAACAAGCUCGCUUGGAGGAGAAGAGCGGCCAAGAUCUGCAGGAGUGCCAAGAACCCUUUGAGGAGCGUUUGGUGGAGGUGAAACGACAGGCUGAGGCGGAAGUGGCACUCACCAACAAACAGAUUGAGGCCAUGGACGGCGAGGUGCAAGAAUGUGACCAGGAGCUCGUCAGACUUCUGACUGAGCAGGAGGCGUUGAUGGAUGAGGUGAAGCACCUGGCCGGGGACGCUUCCUUCUGGAGGUCCUCUUGGGAUGCUGAGAAUGCGAACCGAGAGGCCCUCGAGAAUGAGAUGAAUGCUGCGAAGCACCAUUUCAAUGGCGAGUUGCUGACGUUGGAGACCGACUGCGAGCGCAUCGCGGUGAACAACGAGGAUUUGGAGCAGGAGAUUCGAGAUCUCUCAGGCGAAGCGCAGCAGAAGCGCCGGCUCAUGGUGAGUCGCGAAGGCGAGAGCAGCGCCCGGCAGGCGGCUGCCGAGGCACACCUCAAAGAGUCCCAGGAGUUGCUGGGCUUUUGCCAGCAGCGCUUGCGGGACGCGGCGGAGCAGCGGGCCCGCGCCACGGCGGACGCCGAAGGGCGGCAGAAAGCGCAGGAGGUGAUUUCGGUCUUGGAGCGGAACUUGGCGACUCAGGUGCAAGCGCGCUUCACCAUGCGAGAGCGCUAUGGCACCAUGCUGGAGAAUGAGCGGCAACUGCAUGAGCAGGCCACGCAGACUGUGACUAGAGACCAAUAA